AUCAUUAUUAUAAUCAAAAAACAUCAACGAAUAAAACAAAUGUUGUAUUUCAACGUCAUACAAAUAGACAACUGAAUCUAAUGACAAAAAUUUUGUUCAUUAUAACAAUGACAAUCAUUAUGACAUCAUCAUUAUGUUCGUGUACGGAAAAUUUUUCAACAACAACAUCGCCGACAACUAUACCAUCAAUAAUAGGAAUCGAUAACAGUAGGCAGCAGUUUGAAACUCGAUCAUCAUUGAAUCGAAUCAAUAUCGAUGGACAAUCACCAUUCAUACAAGAUAAAACAACAACGAAAUUGAUAGAAUCAAUAAAUUAUAAACCAAAUAAUGAUAAUAAUUAUUUUCCAAUAAAUAAACUUCAACAAUCGAUUAGUGAUGAACAAAAUCAAAUAUUAAUAGAACAACAUCAACCACAACAAUUGAUUGAUCAAGAUUUGAGCUUAUCAUUAAUCGAUUCUAAUCAUGAAAAUAAUAAUAAUAAUAAUAAUAAUGAACAAAAUCGUCGACGUCGAGCUAUUGAUAGUGAAGUAGUUGAUCCAACAACGAUGAUGAUGUUGUUGAUGAAACAAAAUCAAUCCCAUAUAUUGCCACAGUUACAAAUGUUAAAUCUAUCACCAAUAAUGAAUGAUAUUUCAUUAUUACAACAUACAAAAGGACAAGAAAACAUUUAUUCAGAUUCAAGCAUUCUUAAUAAUGAUAACAACAACAACAACAAAGACAAAAGAUAUAAACCAGACUUUGAUGAUGAUGUCAUUGAUAAUAAAAAUGAAUUGUUAUCAAAAAUUCCAAGAACAGGUGUUUACUACAAUCAGCCAACCAUAGAAUCAGUGAAACGAAAUUCUGAAGAGAAAUUAUUGCAAAACUUUUUGAAUCAAUUAUUUUUAGAGCGAAAACAACAACAACAGAAUCAAUUGUGGCGUCGUAGAUCUUUUAAUUCGAUUUGGCCAUCAUCAAGACGAUGGUCAAUGAGAAAUAAUUAUGUUGAUAAUAAAAGUUUAAGUUCAAAGUUAAAUAUGGCCAAAAGAUUUGAAUAUAAUCCCUUUCGAAACAAAGUAGAAAAUGAUGAUAAUGUUAUUAAUGAUAUUGAUAAAUCAAUGAUGAUGAUGUUGAUGAUGGCCAACAAUCCUUCAUCAAGUCCACGUAAACGAAUGAUAAAUCCAUAUUCGACAAACAAAUGGACAACAAUUGAUAAUGAUAAUAACAAUAUGAAUAUAAAUCGAAAUGAUGGCCGUAAUCGUUUGAAUAAUUUUAAUCGUAAUAAUAAUAAUUAUUAUUUGAACAAUCAAUUAAAACAACGACUACAGAAUAGUGAUAGUUAUUAUGGUUCAUCAUAUCGUCCAUCAUCGAUAAAAAUUGAUCGUAAUCGUAAUCGAUAUUAUCAAUCGACAAUCAAUGAUGCUCGUUCAAGAAAUAGAGCUCUACAACAACAACAGCAACAACAACAACGUUAUCGAUAUCGACAACGACAACGACAACGACAACAGCAACAAAAAUUUGCUAAAUUACAAUUGGAACAACCAGAUUCGAUGUUGAAUACAACAACAACACCAACAACAAUGAAUGCAAUAAAUGAUAGCAAUGUUUUCAAUAGACAAUCAAAUAUUGAAUCAAUACAACGAUUAAAUAAUCAGACAAAUAACAACAAAAAUAAUAAGAAUAAAAAUCGUAAUCGUCCAAAAGGAUGGCGUAAAAAUCUAAAAAAUAAAAAUCGUGGUCAAUCAAAUAAACAACGUCCAUCACAAUUAUUCGAUGAAUUACCGAUAAUUACAACAACAACUGAAUUAAAUCCAAUACAAGAAGAGCAAGAUAAUAAGAAAAUAAUGAUAAACAACAACGGAAAUAAUAAUAAUAAUAAUGAAAGAAUUGUCAAUCAACAACGUCCGAAUGAUCGUAAACCAGUAUAUGGUGUAGCUAAAAGUCGUUCACAACGACAUCUUAGUAAUGAUCAAAAUCUAUUAGGUGGUGGUGGUGGUGGCAGUAGUGGUGUUGAUGGAGGUGGAGGUGAAUCAUCAACCGCUGGAAAACUUUAUGAUGUUCCACAAAUUGAAUGUCCAAGUUCAGAAAAUGGUAUGGAUCGUUUUGCCUGUCCAACUCGUGAUGAAUUGGGUAGAUUUUUAUGUAUCGAUGAUCAACAUAUAUGCGAUGGUUAUUUUGAUUGUCCACAUGGUGAAGAUGAAGAACGUUUAAGCUGUAUGUUUUAUAAAAGUACAAAAGCACAUCUUGAUGUUCUUGCUGAUUAUCUAUUACAAUGGGCUCGUGGACAACAGAAUCUUUAAACUAAAACGAAAACUAGAUUGAUCAUUCAACUUACAUUCAUCAUCAUCAUUUGGAUUCAUUCAUUCUAUUCUGUUUUUUUUCAAUUUUUAUUUCACUCCCCUCGAAAAUAACUCAACAAUAAAGGAAAAAAAACUUUCCAAUUCUACAAUGUGACAUCAAUUCAUGUUAAUCAUCAUUGAAAUUUUCCAUCA